AUGACGGCGUUUCUUCAAGAUUACACUACAGGCCCCUCAGUGGUUCUCUGCCCUAUUCUCCACAGCCCACAUGAGCAGCCAUGUUCGUGUGUCCCCGCUUGUGUCCGCAACCUUCUCCCAUCUCUUUUUGUCAGGUAUGUCUCAGCUAUGACCACACCAGCUCGCAUGUCACCCGUUGAUUUCCACACUCCAACUUCUCCCAAGUCACCUCCAUCUGAAAUGUCACCACCAGUUUCCAGCUUGACCAUCUCUAUCCCUUCCGUGGCGGUGAGUCCCUUCAUGGAUGAGGAGAGACCACUGCUGUUGGUGACCCCACCGCGGCUGCGUGAGAAGUACGACAACCACCUUCAGCAAUUCAACUCCUUCCACAACAAUCCCACCCAUGAGAGCAACAGUCUGCCACCCAGUCCUCUGAGGAUAGUGGAGGAUGAGGAGUAUGAGACCACACAAGAGUAUGAACCAGCACAGGAGCCUCCAAAGAAACUCACCAACAGCCGGAGGGUGAAAAGAACAAAGCCCAAUGGCCAUAUUUCCAGCAGGGUAGAAGUGGACUCCGACACAAGCUCUCAGAGCACUAGUUCUGAGAGUGAAACAGAAGAUGAAAGAAUAGGUGAGGAUACACCAUUUCUUAGCAUACAAAAUCCCAUGGCAACCAGUCUGGAGCCAGCCGCUGCAUAUCGGCUGGCUGAGAGCAGGACUAACCCAGCAAAUCGCUUCUCCACACCAGAAGAGUUGCAAGCAAGGUUGUCCAGUGUAAUAGCUAACCAAGACCCUAUUGCUGUAUAAGACAUAAACAAAACACAUAGAUUCACAUGUAAAACUUUAUUUUAUAUAAUGAAGUAUUCCACCUUUAAAUUAAACAAUUUAUUUUAUUUUAGCAAUUCCGCUAAUAGAAAACAAGAGAGGAAAAAGAAACUUUUAUAAAUUAAGCAUACGUAUGUAAAAAUGUGUUAUGUGCCAUAUGUAGCAAUUUUUUACAGUAUUUCCAAAAUGGGGAAAGAUAUCAAUGGUGCCUUUAUGUUAUGUUAUGUUGAAAGCAAGUUUUGUACAGCUACAAUGAUUGCUGUCCCGUAGUAUUUUGCAAAACCUUUUAGCCCUCAGUUGUUCUGGCUUUUUUGUGCACUGCAUUAUAAUAACUGGAUGUAUGAUUUGCAAGAAUUGCAGAAGUCCCCAUUUGCUUGUUGUGGAAUCCCCAGGUCAAAAAGCCCUGUUAUGGCACUCCCACCCUAUCCACUUCACCAGGAA